ACAGGCAUAUGAAUGUGAUCAGUGUGAUGAAGUCUUUGUACGUAUUGGCCUAUUGAUGAGUCAUCGUAGGGGACACCAUCGUCAAAAUUUAUCUUGCACAGAUUGCGAUGCAAAGUUCUCUCACUAUAAUAGCUAUAGGAUUCAUUUACGAAGCCAUAAAGGAGAUAAGCCUCAUAAAUGUGUAGAUUGUGAUAUGGCUUUUGUGCAGCAAUGCCAUUUGCAUAUUCACCGUAGAACACACACUGGAGAGAAACCAUUUAUGUGUGAAAUUUGUCAACAAGGAUUUAAGCAGAUGUCUCACUUAACAACACAUAUGAGGAUCCACACUCAAGAUAAGCCUUAUGUAUGCUCACUAUGCAAUGCCUCUUUCUCUCAGACCAGUAGUUUAAAACGGCACAAAAGACGACACACAGGAGAGAAGCCUUUUAAAUGUGACGUAUGCGGUGCACUCUUUGUUGAGAGAAGGAAUCUUGUAAGACAUCAGCUAACACACACUGGGGAAAAACCAUACAAAUGUGAACAAUGCCCAGCAUCUUUUACGCAGAUGAUUGAUUUGAAGCGUCAUCAAAUGGCACAUUCAGGUCUGAAGCCUUUUAAAUGUGAUAUAUGUGAAGCAGCAUUUAGUCGCAAGAACAAUCUCCAGUGGCACAAACUGACUCAUGAAGGAGAUACCCCAUACAGAUGUGAGAAAUGCAAUGCUGGUUUUAGUCUCCAAAGGGACAUGAAGGCUCACAUGAGAACACAUACUGGAUCCAAACCAUUUAGUUGUGAUAAGUGCGAGUCAACUUUCGCUCAGUUUAGUACACUUAAGCGUCACAGACAGAGCCACACAGGAGAAAGACAUUUUGUGUGCUCAAAGUGUAAUGGAGCCUUUAAGGACAAAAGUGCUUUGAAAAGGCAUCAGCUUAGACAUGAAGGAGUUAGACCUUAUGCUUGUCAGAAAUGUGACUCGACUUUUAUUGAGUACCGUAAUCUGAAAAGGCACAAAGUAACAGUUCAUGGUGAAGAGCGAUUUGAAGGUGGUGAUGUUAUGAUGGAACCCAAAGAAAGUGAGAACAUUCAAAACAUUCCACCUCCCAAGAAAAGGAUUGGAAAGCAUGACAGUGAUGAAACACUGAAUGAAAUGUAUGAUUCAAACUAUGCAUCAGCUUCUGUUGUACAGCCACAAGAAACAGGCCAUCAGCAACAACAGCAUGUCAAUGAAGUUGUCUCCUUGCCACCAUUGACACCUCUCCCACAAAGUCAGCCUCAGGUACAUACAACUACUACCUUACCUACUCACACACAAACUCCUAUGGUUAAUGAGAUUGUCACUAUUCCUGCCCAAGCUCCAGGGCAAAUGCCAACACUAAUGCUCACUCAGCAUGGCCAACCCCCUCGACCAGGGAGACCAGCUAACAACUGUCAGAAUUAUCAGUCACAUGUGCUGACAUAUGUGGAAGGGAGUUUUGGUCAGUGGCAUUCAUGGUGCUUUUGUGAGACUCCAAACAUUCCUAAUGGUUCACAGAAUAUGAUUGAUGGCACAACAACAACUGUAGCGACUCACCCUCCUGCUUCCACUGCUCUAUCUGCAGCUCCACUACCCCAGCAUCAGCAAGUAACAUACACAGAACUCCAGCAACCACAAACACAACAAAACCAAGAUGCUGUGGCUGUUCAAGAGGUGACUCAGACAGAAUAUCAUCAAACUCCACAGUAUCACACUAACUACCCGCAACCAAUCCAUCAUUAUGAAGAAAGCCAUCACCAAGACCCACUAGACCAAAUAAGCCAUCAUCAACAACACCAUCAACCAUCUCAUCAUCAGCAGCUUCAUCAAUCACAUUCUCACCAGGGCGACAGUAAGAUAAGUUCCGAACCUCAGGUAUUUGCUAUACCAGGCAUUCAGCAAGACCAACAAGACCAACAGCAGCAGCAACAACAGCAGCAGCAACAACAGCAGCAGCAGCAGCAGCAGCAGCAGCAGCAGCAGCAGCAACAACAACAACAACAACAACAACAGCAACACCCACAGCCACAUCAACAUCAACAUCAACAGCAACAGCAACAGCAACACCCACAGCCACAUCAGCAGCAGCAGCAACCACCACAAGACCAGCAGCAGCAAGAAUCCCAGCAUCACCAAGAACAUCAGCAACAGCAGCAUCACCAACACCACCACCAUCACCAAGAGCCACAACAAUUGCAGCCACAACCUGAUCAACAUCAAGACUUAUCAGAACCUCAGGCUGAUCCUCAAGUGACUUUCCAGUACAGUUUAACAGUGAAUAAUCCUGCUACUGGGGAUAUCCAAAUCCAGAGUGAAGCAUUUCCAGCCAACCCUCCUGACACACCUCCUAUCAAGAAGAGGCGUCUUGCUAAAACUCAGCAGGAGCCACAUGAAGUGCGGAUAUAUACUUGCGCUUCUUGCCCAAGACAAUUUACUAGAAUAAAUCACUUGAUUAUUCACCAGCGAAGGCAUACAGGAGAAAAACCAUACCAGUGUGGUGUGUGUCUACAAUCAUUUACACAUAAAAAUAGUCUUACAAUUCAUAUGAGAGGUCAUACAGGGGAGAGGCCAUAUAAAUGUGCAACUUGUGGGUCAUCAUUCACUCAGAAGAGCAAUUUGCGUGUACAUAAUCGAACCCACACUGGUGAAAAACCAUUCAAAUGUGACAUGUGCGAAGCUUCAUUCAGUCAGGGUAGUCAUUUGACUGCUCACAAACGAAUUCAUAAUAACGAACGGCCAUAUGCAUGUGACAGCUGCCAACAAAUGUUUACACAGCGUAGUGCUCUGAAACGGCAUAUAAUGACACAUACAGGUGACAAACCACACAAGUGUGAGGAGUGUAGUGCCAAAUUUUCACAGAAAGAUGACUUAAGAAGACACUUAAAGGUUCAUUCUGGAGAAAAGCCAAUCACGUGCUCUUACAAGCAUUGCAAUAUGAAUUUCACAGAUAGAACUGGUCUGACAAGACACAUAAAAUCAGUACAUUAUGAUAAACCAGAGUUAGCAGGAGAUGGAAAGAAAAAGAAAAGAAAGAAAUCAGGAUCAAAACCAGCCCCAAAUUCAAGUAAACCAGCCCCAAAUCCAAGUAAUAGUCCAAAACCUGUGAAAGGAGGAAAAGUUAAGGCCUCAACAGUAGAGCCAACUAGGAUAAGUAGACGUCUGCGAGAAGCAGCUGAAAAGAAAAAGGUUAAACCAGAGCAUCCUGAUUUUAUCAUGGGUGAUUUUAUAGAUGUGGAUGUAGCGAUCAGUGAUGUGAAACCAGCAGCUCGCCAG